AACAGUCAAUACAUCUAGACCUCUAAAUUCUAAAAAUGAGUUUUAUCAAAGAAAAUGGGUUGGGUUGAGUACUUGGUAGAGGCUGAGCGAAAGGGUUUCUUCACCAAAAGCCCAGCAGUUACAUGAUGGACAGCCUCUACUAAAAGCAUCCAAAAAUCCAAAUCCAAUCCAACUCAAGGGGAUCUUUUUCGCUCACGAAGCUGGUAGAAUCUUUGCUGCGGCACUUCGUGUAUCUGGUGCGCGCACCGAUUCCUUUCCUUCGAAUCAGCUUGCUGCUUAUGAGACUCUUUAACAAUUCUUGUUUAUAAAGUUUCGUCCUUCUCGAUAUUCCCAGUGUUCAUAAAUUCAUGGAUCGAUGGUGUGGAGUUUUAAAGGUUCCAUUGUGCUCUGACAGCAGCAAAUACUAUAGAGUUGCAGCAUCUCUGUGCCUUUCACGCACUUCCAGAACCUUAGCCGUGCCUUCUGCAAACGCAAUCUUUUUCAAUGGCGAUCGUGUUGAAGGGACUGGGAAUCCAGUGAUUGAGAGGCUGUCGGAUCUACAGAAAAUAUCUGAAAUUCUGGUUAAAAAAUUUGGAGGUUCUAUCAAUGCAUGGGUCAUUGAGGCUUCUGUUUUUAAUGGGCCUUUUGCUGUCUAUGAAGAUUUUAUUCCAUCUGUGAAUCAAUGGGGAGAACCAAAAUCAUAUAGCCCACUUGGAUUCCCAGCUUCUAGGUCGACUGUCACACUCUUGUCAAAUUGCCUUAAUGAGGUAAAGAAUGCAAUUUCAAGUAGACAGGAAGAACAGCCAGCCACUGCAUUUGCAUCGCGUCUCUCUCAACCCAAAACAUUCAUCCUUGGAUUUAGCAAGGGCGGUACUGUAAUUAAUCAGCUAGUUACUGAGCUUAGCUUCUCAGAUGUCAGACUUACUGGAAAUACACCCUGCACUGAAGAACAGUCGAGAAGUGGUCAGCAUUCCAAUUUUUCAGAAGAGAGUAAAAUCAUACCUAAUACAGAAGAAAACCUUUUAAACACCAUCACUGAGAUCCAUUACUUGGAUGUUGGUUUAAAUUCUUCUGGUGCAUAUCUAACUGACCAUGAAGUGAUUGAGAGAAUCUCCUACCGCCUCAUACAAAGAGCUCAAGGAAUUCGAUUUGUUCUUCAUGGAACUCCCAGGCAAUGGUGUGACAGUAGGCGAGUCUGGAUUCGCAAUGAAAAGGACCAAUUAGUUCAUAUGCUUGAAUCCGAAGCUCAAAGGAGUGGAGGGAAAUUAGAGGUCUGUGAGAAAUUUUAUUUUUCUGAUAGGCCUCCUGGUAUGCAGAUGCAUUUUGAAAUCAUUGAAAAGUUUGAUGUCAGUUAAGUGCUAUGAGUCUGAUGACAAUGGCAAUUAAUGCUAAGGUGACACGAUGAUGGUUCUAAGUGUAAAGCAUUCUGAUGGAAGUAUAUAAAAGCAAAAAUGUAGAAUUUGUCUGCC